AUGAGCGGCCUUCCCACGGCGCCGACGAAGCAGCCCUCGCAACCGCCCCAGGGAACCUCGAGCCAUGGCAGCCCGCCCUCGCUUCCGCCGGGAACGAGCCCUAGAAAGGAGAGGGGAGCAAUAGCAGCUCAGGCCUGCGACACUUGCCGAAGCCGCAAGCAGAGAUGCGACGAACAACGGCCCAAGUGUGGCACAUGCCAGAAGUUCCGGCUCGAAUGCAACUACCGGGAGCCCCAACCGACAAAGAAAGACAAGACGCUGGUGGAGAUACUCGAUCGGAUCAAGACUCUGGAGGGCAAGAUCGACAGCUUCAGCCAGCGGUCGCACAUCAUGCCGUCGACAGCGGCGUAUUCGUUGCAGCCCAGCUCGCUGCCUUCCCCGGUGCCCACCGCUGAGGGGACUGCUGGCCCGUCGGUGCGUGCCGCCUCGCCCUUCAAUUUCUCCGAAACCUCCACCGCCACGGCCAGAGGAGGCAAUCACUACCAAUACGUGUCUUCGGUGCACGAGAUGCUGGGCUGGCCGGCGAUACAGCAGCUGUUCGCCUCGGUACAGCCCAAGGUCUCCAGAAUUGACCUGUCUUCCUUUGAAAGGGAGGGAGCGCCGAGCGUACUCGCUCGACAUUCGACCCCUCCAGAGCUGCCCAACGACACGGGUGCUGCCCUCGGGGGAGGCCCUCCCAUCGGCAUCCACAACGCAGUGUCAGGCCGGCCCCCUAUUACCGGUUCGGAUUUGGGCUGGGAGACCAUGCUGUCGCUGAGCAAGGCUUACUUUGACAGCUUCAACCUCCUUUGUCCCAUUCUCAACCGCCAGGCCUUCAUGUCCGACACGCUGCCCGCCGUGUUCAGCAACGGUUUCAGCGAUGACAUGGCGUCAACCAUCGCACUUCUCGUCCUCGCGUUGGGAGAGGUCGCCAUCGCAGAUUCUACCGGUAUUCCGGUCCAUGUCUACAACGGCCGGGCGAGCGGUAUAAAAGGCGGGACCAAGGACCGGCCGCCGGGCUUGGAACUCUUCAACGAGGCGAGGCGGCGCAUGGGCCUCCAUCUGACGGAGUGCAGCCUCGAGUGCUCCCAGAUGUUUGAGCUCGCAAGUAUCUAUUGCGGAACCUGCUUCCGCCCCCUGGACUUCUGGCGGAUGACCACAUUCGCGUCUAUCGCCUGCCAAAUGUUCAUCAGGAGCCACCCUGGCCUGCUGUCUUCGGCACAGGCAGAUUUGACGCGGAGAGUGUUUUGGCACAUCUCCAUUAUGGAAACCGGGUUGAAUCUCGAGCUCGGACUUCCGCUCACAGGGCUGGAGAAGAUGGAGUCCAUCGUUGGGCUCCCCGAUUUCAGCAGCCCAUUCUCGGAAGAAGACUACAUCAGCAACCAGGAGUCGCAUUUCCAAGAGCAUUCCGCCUCGCAAAUCGUCCUGAGACGGCUGCUGGUGAACUUUCACAGCGUCUUGAGCCAGGCAUCCUCAUCGCUCGGGGCAAUGUCGACGCCGUUUAGCCCAACGACGACGACAAUCGCAGGGGUCAACCAACUCACCAUACACCAGCUCGCGGUGCAGCUAGAACAAUGGCGCGGCAUGCUCCCUGUCCACCUGCGGUGGGACGAGAGCUCGCCGGGGGCCUUUCCCAACACCAACGCAGACCCCUUCAACGCGGCGCUCUUCACCCCGGCGACCACACCAAUUUCGCCCGCCAUCUCAGCCACGGCACAACAAUCAGCAGCCGUUCCGCCGACCGGCGUGACCGCGCCGCUCAUGUUCACCACCGACCUCGACGCCCCGCCAUCGCGAUACCCGUACGUGCUCGACAUCCAGGUCGCCCUCCUGCGCUCGCGGUACUACUACACCAAGUUCCUGAUCCACCGCCCCUUUGUGUACAAGGCCCUGCACCACCCGGACGCCAUGACGCACGACGACGCCGUCGGCGUGGCCGAGUGUCUCAAGGCGUGCCUGAAGUGGCCCGUCGCCAUGUCGCCGACCUGCAAGAACAAGCGGCUCAUCCCCUGCAGCUUCUUCUUCACGCGCAACUUUUUCGGCAUCCUGGUGCUGCUGCACAUGAGCACGACCGUGCCCAUCCUCCGGCGCAUCCGCAGCACGCUGUGUGGCGAGCGCUUCGAGCUGGACGCCAGCGAGACGGUCGGCCUCUACGUCGACUGGCUUAGGGACCUGAAGGAGGUGGAUGCCGGCACCGUGUGGCAGUGGGAGAUUAUCCGGGCCGUGUAUGGUCUGGAGGAAUGAGACAACGAAUAGUAGUACCUACUAUGUUGCAUUUUGGAACAGUAG